AUGUAUGAUCAUAUGAAAACAGCCAUUAAACUAGCUCGUUAUGCGUUAGACCAUGGUGAAACCCCUGUUGCAUGUGUUUUUGUUCAUAUGCCAACUAAUAAGGUGGUCGCUUAUGGGUUGAAUGAUACCAACAGGUCAUUGACAGGGAUUGCACAUGCAGAAUUCAUGGCUAUAGCACAGAUUCAGGAACUAUUUGGUGAAAUAUGUACUUCGAUAUUUAAAGAUAUUUCCGUAUAUGUGACUGUAGAGCCUUGUAUUAUGUGUGCAUCUGCGUUGAAACAACUUGGUAUAGGGAGAGUUGUAUUUGGAUGCGGUAAUGAAAGGUUCGGAGGCAAUGGGUCUCUGUUGUCGAUUCAUAAAGAUAGUAGUACUGCAAGAGAGAACAGGCAUACAGUGAUCCCCGGUGUGAUGAGACGGGAAGCUAUCAUGCUUUUAAGAUAUUUCUACGUUAGAGAGAAUGAACGAGCUCCAAAGGCUAGAGGGAAAAUGAAUCGAAGGUUGGAUAAAGAAACUUUUCCCCCGAUAGAAUGGUCAAACUAUGUGAGUAAAGAGGAAUUUGUGCGGUAUUUUGGCAGCUCAAUGCUCCAUCAUCUAGAAGAUAAAACGGACAUACACGAGAGUGUGGACUGGGAGCUUAUAGAUUCAAACUACGAUGGCAUACUAGAAGAACUAGAGUCUGCUCGUCAAGAAUUUAAACUACAUCAGCAUAAGAAACUGAAAAAACUAGUUAAGUAA